UCAUUGCCCACCCAGAGUCCAUUUACAAGGAAAGCUCACCCUGCCCGUCAGCCGAGCAAAACAACAACAGUAAUGUAAUAUUUAUUAUUUAGUUUUUUUCUUUCCUGUUAUGCUCCAGCUGCUUAUUUUUUAUGUCUGUUAUUUCCAUGUCUCAUUCUCACACAAACCCAUCAAGCCUCCAACAGAGAGAGAUUGAAAAGUAGAAACAGAGAAAGAAUUUUUGUUAGAUUUUAGGAAUGGGAGCUCUAGCUCCAGUUUCUCCUUGGUUACCAGGAGACGAUCUUUUGUUAAAGAACGCUGUUGAGGCUGGUGCUUCCUUGGAAUCACUUGCUAAAGGUGCAGUAUGCUUUUCUAGGAAAUUCACUGUUCAAGAACUGCAAGAUAGGUGGCAUUCUCUUCUUUAUGAUCCAGUUGUUUCUGCUGAGGCUUCUUUCCGCAUGAUUGAGUUUGAGCAUUAUGCGCCUGCUCUCCCAUCAAAAUUCAGUAGAGCUGGAAAUUCAAAAGAAAACAGUUUUUCUGGUAAGAGAAAAGUAGAAAGUGUUCGCAGAUGUUAUUAUGCUUUGCGUAAGAGAAUUCGAAAUGAGCCUUUUAACUCUAUGGAUCUGAGUUUUCUUGUUGGGCCUAGCAAUGAAAAUUUCUUUGGAAAUGAAGACGAACCUCUAUCUGGAAAUUGCAUGCUGGGUGAUCCUAUGCCAAAUGAUUUUGGGCUUCAAGAAUCAAAUUUGGAUAAUAUGCAGCGUGCUUUUGCUGAAGUGGAUGGUGGAGCUGCUGGUGAGAAUGGUUGCAUGGCUCAUGGCUUCCAUGGGGAACUUGUUCACCCAGUUGAUGAAGAAUUUGCUAUGCAGCCAGAUAAUAUUCAUGAAGACAUUCCUGAUAUGUUUGAAGAAAAUCCUCCUUUCACUGGGCAUGGCCCUGGGCUUGAGGAAUUUGGUAAAUCAAAACAAGUUCCCAGCUUGUUUGGAGCAGAACAUUUAGAUGCAAAUCCACCAUCUUCCUAUGGGCAAAUUCGUAAUGAUCCAGGAAAUGUUUGCUCUGAGUUUGAAGGUAACCAGAUCUUUCAUUCACCUAUUCCAGAGUGUGAUGGUUCAUUUCAGAACACGGAGUACUCAUCUGCACUCCCUGAGAUGCCAAUCUGGAGAGCAGUUGAAGAGAUAUCAACACCGGCUAUUCUGGUUGAUGGCAGCGUUGGAGAAAAAGAUAUUCAUACUGGAGAUACAUUUGCACUUCAAGAUGAUGGUGGUGAAGACACAAGUGCACCAGGUUCUGACUUUGUCCACUCAGAUUCAAAUUUGAAAAUGCAGAUGUCCUGUGAUGAUUUAAAAAGUCCUGCUGCUAGCAGAGAAAAUUAUCUGGCUGAAUUGUCUAAUUCUCUUUUGAACUUUACAAAUGAUGAAGAACUCCUCCUCAUGGAUGUUGAUGGAAAAGAAAUGAUUGAUAAGUCUUACUAUGAUGGUCUAUCACUUUUGUUGAGUUCACCAAAUGAGGUCAGUCAAGACCGCAAGCCCAGUCCAGAACCAGAGACAUCGGCUGACCCGACACAUUCAUCUGGUAUAUUUCCUACUGAAUCUGUUGAAAAAGUCCAAAUGCAAUCUUCUGCGUCUGCUUUGGAUCCUCAAUUUCCUGAACUGAUUGAUGGAAUUAUAUGUUGCACAUUGAACACUGAAGAUCAAGAUAUUCCUUGCAAUGAUGAUGUUUUCCUACCCAUUCAUACCCACCGACUCUUGGCUCCCAUUGCUACCCGGCACAAUUUUAAAGAAGUUGGUAGUCCAACUUCUCACUCUGUUAAGGACUUUCAAAGCAACCAAAUAUCUAAUGAAGGAAAUCCAGUCUUGAUGCAGAGAGAUCAAGAAAACGCUGUACAAUCUCAUGCCUCAUCUCAAAUGAUGGCAUCACAGGGGAUACUUGAAAAAGGUCAAAGUGGAGCUAAAUUUGAGUCCCCCCAUUUGGUGUCUAGGAUUUCGGCUGCUGCUUCUGGUGGUUCCAUUCAAAUUGAUUCAGUGAAUAUUGGCAAAAACACUCUCCAGCAUGCAAGAGUGAAGAAAGAGAAUGAGGAGAUAGCAGUGGUGAAGGAUCUUGGUUGUUCCUUGACUCAUUCUUUUCCGGAGAAGCCUGCUUUUGGCUCUGAUGUCUACAAAAGCCAUGAGAGAAAUGCAAGUCGAAUGAAACAAGAAUUAGAUGCUCUGGCAGCAAUUCAAGAUCGUCGAGCAUCAAAUGCAGAAGCAGGAUCUAUAAAUAUCCCUAAUUCAGAACCUGUCAUAAAUCCUUUAACGUCAGAGUUAGAGCUAUCAAGUGAGAGUGAUGAUGAUGAGCUACCAUAUUUUUCUGAUAUUGAGACAAUGAUACUUGAUAUGGACUUGGAUCCAGAUGACCAGGAUUUUUAUGAGCAGGAAGUCUCAAAAUAUAAGCAUGAAGAUUCUAUGAGGGCAAUUGUCAGGCUUGAACAGGGUGCUAAUUCUUACAUGCAAAGAGCCAUUGCCUCUCAUGGAGCAUUUGCCAUUUUGUAUGGCCGUUAUUCAAAGCAUUAUAUUAAGAAACCUGAGGUUUUACUUGGUAGAGGUACAGAGGAUGUUGUUGUUGACAUUGACUUAGGAAGAGAAGGGCCUGCAAAUAAAAUAUCUCGACGGCAGGCAAUUAUAAGUAUGGACAAAGUUGGAGCUUUUCAUUUGAAAAAUCUCGGCAAGUUUUCAAUCUUAGUAAAUAACAAGGAAGUAGUCCCUGGACAGAGUCUGAGCCUUAAUUCCAGUUGUUUGAUUGAGAUAAGGGGAAUGCCAUUCAUAUUUGAGACAAGCCAAAUUUGCACGAAACGGUUCCUGGAUAGCAUCUCCAAAGAAAAACUAACUCAUGAGCUCCAAGCAAGUUCAAAUCAUUGCAGAAAUGUCGUGAGCUAGAAUGCCAUCGAAAGUUGCUUAUUUUUAGUUGCACUUUCUGGCUUUCUUUGCAACCUAUGUUUGGAUCUGCUAUAGUAUUGUGUAACUCCAGUCUUCUGGAUUCCGGGAAGAAAAUAAUAUUUACUAAUUUUAAAAAGCAAUUUGUAUUCUAUAGAGCUAUUUCUUCUCUGA